AUGAAAAAUGAAAAUUCGAAUUUGAAAGGAUUAAACCUAGUCCACCCAGAAAAUCGCUUAAUAUUCUUAAAACUUCUAGAACUCCGUAAAUUUUAUACCAACAAAUCCUCUAACAUUUCUAAAUCUAUCUCAAACGCGAUAAAUUCAUUGAAAUGUUAUCCACUACCAAUUACUAGUAUAAAUGACUUGAAUAAAAUCGCAGGAAUUGGGGCAAGAUUCUCCAAAUUCAUACAAGAGUCAGUGAAUCUGGCAGACGAAGCAGCCGGGAACAUCAUUGACUACGACGAAUACGUAAACUACAACAAGUGUAACCUUGAUAGAAUUUGCGAGUUUAUCAGAAAGAACUUCUUGAAGAAAAAGAACUAUAAUCCUACAAAGAAUUCUAGUAGUUGGAGUUUUUUGUGCAUACUAGGUCUGUUUUCAGAUUAUGAAGGAAAUGAAACGAGACUUAGUCUGGAGGAUAUCGGAAAUAUAUUUAUUGAGUUUAGAAAUUUCUUCCCUGAAGCAAGAGAUUUGAGAGAUUACAUAUUCUUGAGACAGUUAUCUGAAAAAGGACUAAUAAACUAUAAAAUAAUAGGUUAUGAAGGGUUUGAAGAAAAAUUCCAAUACAAACAUAAACAUAGGUAUACAUAUGGCUUAACAGCAAAUGGAAGAAGACUGACAAAUAGAUUAAUGAAUAAAUUAGAUGUUCCAAUCACAAACGUACAAGGAAUGCUGAAUAAGCUUUUCUCGAUAGGUGCGGCAACAAUUUCAAGUAAUGAAAAUGUGGAAAAUAUAAUAGAAAAUCAAUGUGUGAGUUCAAUGAGUAAUAACUCUGCGUUGGAUAUUGAAAGGUACAAAUUCCCAGAUGAAAAUACAAAUAAAGAUAAUUCCGAAUUAAACACAGAAAAUCCCCUAAAUGAUGAAUCUGAGACGACUGACACGUUCAAUUCAGAAUUCAACAAUAUAUUCAAUUCUGAAUUACACAAAAAUAAGAGCACCCAGGAAACAUGUAAUAUUUCAGCAGAAGAAAACGCGUCCAAAGUUACCAUAUCUGUCCUCUCUCAAGAUCAAAUUCAAUCACCUGAUAUUCCUGAACCUGAUCCUCUAAACUUAAUAGAUGUAGCAUAUCGUCCUAGCUCAUAUAAUACGUAUAUUAUGAAAAUGAGUAAUCAGUCAUAUUUCACCAAUACCGUAAAAGAUAAUAAUACUAAUAGUUCAAAUCGUGUUGAAUCUGUUCCAGCCACUACCACAGAUUCUUGUACUGUUAGAAACACUUUUCACACCAACUCUAAUCCACCACAAUUGAAUUCAAACACUACACAAAUGAGUUCCAAUACUCCACAAAUCACCACUAACAUACCACAAACCAGUUCCAAUACACUUCAAAUCAGCACCAACAUACCACACGCGAAUUCUAACACUACACAAAUCAAUACUAGCAUACCACAAAUCAAUGCCACAACUUAUCAGACAAAUUCUAAUGAAUCUCACACUAAUAUUAGUCUUUUGAGUUAUAAAAGUGUUCAUAGCAACAUUACAACUAAUAGUAGCUUCAAGAGUAAUGCGAGUAAUAAGGAUGUUGUGAAUGGUGAAGUGAUAGACUUAGAUGAUAGUUUUGGAGAUAAUGAACAAGUUAUCCCAGUAGAAGUUAAUUCAGUGGAAUUUGAUAACGUAGAAACCGACGUUGGUGAUAAUUCCAAUGAAAAUAGCGAUAACUCGAAUGAUGCAGAAGUGUGCACAAAGAAAUUGGAGAAUAGAUUAAAGUUGAAAUAUGGAGUUGACGUAUUUAAAAACGAUCUUGACUAUGAGAUUAUAACAGUAGUUGACAAGAGAGAAGUGAUUAACAAGGAUGUUGUACAAAGUAAAGUGAAUAUCGACACGCUUACAAUAAGCCCGAACCUGAUGAAUAAGUAUUAUAAUAAGUUAACAGAAUAUUAUAAAGAGUCAGAUAAAAAAAUAAUGUUUAAACAGUUGCCGCUGGGUGAUGUUAUAUGGAUAAUUAAUGUGAAAAAUGUACAAAAUUCCAGGAAUAACCAGCAGGAAGACUCGAAUGUGGAAACAAAUUAUUAUAUACUGGAUUGGAUACUGGAGAGAAAGACAACAAUUGACCUGAAUAGUAGCAUCAUUGAUGGAAGAUAUGAGGAUCAGAAGCUAAGACUUUUGAAUUUGAAAGGAUUCAAUAGGAUCCUAUACCUUUUUGAGGACUCGUCGCUGGAUAAAAUAACCAAUAAAUUCUCAAAAAUGGGAAACAAAGCCUUAAAUUUCAAGUCUAUCCAAACUGCAAAAAUUAAUACCAAAUUCAUAUCUGGAUUCAAUAUUAUCAAUACUACCAACAUUUCUCAUUCUGCGAGUAUGUUAUUGAGUAUCCAUAAGAUGAUUGAGAAUUACAUGUAUGAGAAGUUGAGGAACAUGUCAAUACUAAAGAAGAUUAACAUACACUAUUAUAUAAAGAGCACAUACUUUUCAUUUGAAAAGUUUAAGGAAGAGAAUAGAAAAAAGCUGACAUAUUACGAAUUGUUUGGAAGACAAUUAAGGUGUAUACCGAAGCUAGGAGAAAGGUUGACAAUGUCAAUAUUGACAAUGUGGCCAACUCCAUACCAAUUCCACGAAGCCAUGAAGACACUAACACUAAAUGAAAUAAACGAAGUGCUGACAAUAAAUAAAAUUAAAAUGCCCAAAGAGGUGAGCCUUAAAGCAGUAUAA